CGUCGCCAUGUUUAGUCCCGCUGAUACUAAUUUGCUUCGAAGUUGUGAGCUCAUAUUCUGGAUUAUACGGAAGAGUUAAGAGGUGCCCUCGUGUGACAGUGAGUGUAUGCAGUCAGUUCCAGUGCAAGCAAAGGACUAAUAUAAACGCCUAGUGCUAUCCUGUUCCAACCUUCGUUUCCAUUGGAAUACAGAAGUUCACGACGGAUACUUGUCUUUAAAGGAAUGAAGUUUUGAAGAAUAAUGACCAACACUAAGAAUAGUAUCUAUCAAGAGUUCUUGGCUUAGAUUAUUCAACAUGGCAGAAUCAGAAAGCAAUGACUCAACGGUUAAACCUUCAUCAGUCACCAUGGUAACAUCCCUGGAUCCACCACCCAGUGAAGUGAUGGAAGCUGUCAACCAAUCUAACCAAAUCAUCCCGGCACUAUUUGCUUUGCCUUCUGAAAGUGGAGAUUCCAAAAAGCUGAAGCUGUGCAAGCGAGUCGGUUGGUUGCGAGACGGCGUGUUUUCUACCGGGUUCACGGAAAUCAACAUCAAAGAAGCCAAACAAAAGGGAAUCUUCAGCCAGCCACGUCAUGUUACUCUCGUCCAGGGAGAGGAUAGCCUCCUCCAAUCUCAGGUCAUCCAAGGUCAAAAAGCGCCCUCUGCCAAACAGCUCAGAUCCCUUGUACUCAGUCCAGGGACAUCGACUGUGGGAUUAAUCACUGCACGGGGGAACGUCAUACCCAAAAGGAUAACUGUUUUCAAGAAUAAUGCUGAUAAAUUACCAGGAAAGAUGGUUGCACUCGGAAAAGCACCCUCUUCUGGGACAUCGGCUAAAAAAGCUGAGACAUCAGCUGAUACAGCAACAGGCCAUCAAAAUCCAACCGAGGACAAAGAGGUUGCCAAGAGCAUUUCUAUAGUUAAUAGCAGUGCUCCAAAUGUACAAGAUUCAGGUCUUGGUUGGCAGCAGUUGUCAGAGCAAAGUUUAUGCCUAAAAGAAUCUGUUCAGGAUCAGAAAGUCUGCAUGAAAUCUACGCAGAAGGCUGCUGCCCCUACUGGUGAACCUCAAUCUUGUCCUGCUAAAACAAUACAUCAGAACCAGAAAUGCUCUCCCCGCAUCACUCGUGCGAAGUCAAAAGAAAGAGUUCCUUCUGAAGUCAACAAUUUUGGCUCACCACGCACAGACACUUCUCACUUUCAAUCAAGGAGCAAUCCCAAGUUGGACCUCUUGAAAAUGGACAUUGAUUUCUCUCGUCACAGCGUUCUCCGAAUGGAAGGUCUGAUUCAAUUACCUAGUGAUUCUAGUCCCAGUGAGUCCAACUGUUUGGAACAGAAGAAGAGGAUUCAACAGUCAAGGCAAAACUUUAGCGCCAAAGUCCAAGAGGCGCUAGAACUUCGCUCUCAGCGUUCAAAGCAGAGCACAACCAAACAUCUGGAGAACCAAAUUACUUCUCAGAGCGAGAACAAGACCAUUAAGAACUUGCAAUUCAUCCCAAAAUGUUCACACAAAACAUUGGUUCAUGCGGAACCAGACAAAAAAACUGGUGCAGUUAGAUUGUCUGAAUAUAAUGUUGUAAGGGAGGUUGUUCGAAGUCCAAUCAAACAUCUGGAGAACCAAACUACUGCUCAAACCAUGAACAGGACAGUCAAGAAUGUGCAACACAUCCAAGAAUGUUCUACAGAAACAUUGGUGCACGACGAACCAGAUCAAAAUACUGACGCAGUUGGACAGUCUGAACAGAAAGGGAUAAAGGAGGUUGUUCAAAGUCCAACCAAACAUCUGGAGAACCAAACUAUUGCUGAAACCAAGAACAGGACAGUCAAGAAUGUGCAACACAUCCAACAAUGGUUAAAAGAAACAUUUGUUCAUGACAAACCAGAUCAAAUUACUGACACAGUUGGACAGUCUGAACACAAAGGGAUAAAGGAGGUUGUGCGAAGUCCUAAAAAACAGGCACAGUUUCAAAAGCGCAAAUUCGAUGAGGCCUGCUCCCUUCUUAAUUACAGAGCAGUACCAAAACUCGAGUGUACCAUGAGUGGACAGCCGAGUUGUGACGAGCCAGUGGUUAAAUACGCAAAAGGUGUGAGUUCUGAAAUGUCUGGUACUCUUACAACAUUCCUGGGACCAAGAACUGACCAUUCCAAGCGUUAUGGCCCUGAUCCAUGUAUGAAGAUCGAGCGAGAUACAUGUAAUCAACUUUCCUUGGGUGGUAACCAGGAAAGAAAUGACUGUAAAGAAGCUUCGUCGCAAAACAACAAAAGCCUAUCAACAAAUCUCCUUCUGUCUCCAAUGGAAACUCUACAUCGACAGACUUCAACAGCAAGCCAUGGAAGUCCAGUCAGCAAUACUUCUGACUUGGAUUUAGAAGGCGAUGGCAAUGACUGUGAGGAAACUUUGUCCAUUUCAGAAACAAACAAUGAAUCACUGAGCUUAUUAAGUAAUUCAUCAGUUGACAAGACAACAACAGUUCAAGCCUCGGAGGGAGUCCCAUUGUUACAAAUUGGCUCAGUGUACAGUCUCUCAGCUGAAGAAGCCAAAAGACUGUUUCCGAAGACCUCCAACAAGACACCAGAGUUAGUUAAAACAAACCAGAGUCCAGAGGAUACUUAUACGAACAUACCCAUAAGCUCUACAGGGGGUCCCAGUGUUAAACCUGCUGCAACGAAAGUCAUGUCAGAACCAUUGGACUUCUCAAUAGUUUCACAGCCUAGUCAGUCACAAACAUCUGCCGUAUCGAUACAAAGUAAAGCAUAUGAAACAGUGUCCGCAAAUCGAUGCUCUUUGCAGGCAACUCGAUCAUCGUCAAGUGCCAUUUUUAACUCCACAAACACAUCAAUAAAUGUGCAUCACACCACGCCAUGGCCUUCAGUCGUUUGCAUAAAUGGACAGCUUUUAAAGUUAGUUCAGGACAAAGCUCCAAAGAAUCCCAUGGAAGUCGUUGUGAUUGCUCCACCCAAUGCGACACACAAUGUCAUAAAGAAUUUUAUACCCCAGACCCUACGUGUGUCUCAUGAGCAGGCAUCUUCUCAUCAGCCUUGCAAAACACCCGCUACAUCAGGUACAGUCCCAUUCACAGUGACUGUGACCGUUGCAGUUCGGGAUCCAAAAAUUACCAGUGUACCUGUACAGUCAACGCCAUUGUUUCACCAUGAAUCUUUUGGUAAGUGUAAUACAACUUUCAUCCCAACAAGUGUCCACUUGCCCACUACAGCAUCAGACUUGAGUUGUUCAACCUCUGUAUGUACUUCAGUCUCUUCAACUGCAUCAGUUGGUUUAAUCUGUAGCACAGACACUAAUUCCAUCAAGAAACCUACUCGCCAAGAAAUGUCCACUCGGAACCCAUCAGAGUCCGAAGGCCAGAGAAGGGUCCUUGUAACAACUUCUGAGGGAAAAAGGCAACUAAUCAGCUUUCCUUCGACUGCAAUGGGACUGCACAUUUUAUCUCAAGUGGAACACCCUGAUGCUAAAGAACACCAAGAAAGAUCAGGAAACGUUGAGAUUUACAAGAAUCUACAAUCUGUUCUUGCAAACAGACACAAGGGGGUUUACAUAGAGAAUGCCACAACUUCCAUUCCGACAACACAAUCUUUGGGUAAAUCUUUGAAAGAAUUGCACUUAACUCACAGCGAAGAUUAUGCUGAUAAAUGUAGCUCUAGUAAUGUUACCAACACAUCAUCAGAUUCCGACAGCACCCCAGAAAGCAGACCAACCUUACCACAGACUAACAACAACCACAAUAAAAGUAAACAGUUUAUUUCAUUAAAAUUCUACAAAAAGGAUGCUGGACUAUCACUAGAUGUCCUAAAUGAGGAAAUGAGACCAUCUGCUUCAUUGAAUACCAGCCAAAAAGGUACAACUCCAGUGUCACAUCCAAGCGUCAGGAAGAGGGGUAGGCCACCAUCAGCAUUCAGCCACCAAACUUUCCGAAGAAGCACCACACCACCAGCACAACCGAAAGUCAGCAAGAGGCUUAGAACACCGGCGACCCCAUUGACAACCAACUACAAUGACACCACUCCUUCGUCACAACCGAAAGUCAGUAAAAGAGGCAGGCCGCUAGCACCUCCAGUGAAUAGGAACCAAAAUUACACUACACGAUCGUCACAGCCCAAUGUCAGUAAGAAUCGUAGGACACCAGCAACCCUAUUGAACCCAAACCAAAAGGGCAGCACACCAUUGCCACAAUCGAACGUCCGUAAGAGGGGUAGGCCACCAACUAUUAAUCUAAACACCAACCGAAAGGGCACAACGCCAUCACCACAAUUAAACGACCAUCAGAAGCGCAGAACACAAGCUGUGCAAUCAAACACCAGCCAAAAGGGGGUGUUGCCAUCGCCACAAUCGACUGUAAGUCGAAGGAGAAACUCGCCAGAAAUCCCAUCAAAAGUCAUCAAAAUGUCUGUAGUAGACCUUAAUAUAAAACAGGCAAAGCGAUCAUACAGUAGGAGAAAUAGGAAUUCGACCUCGCCAGCAGCGCAAUCUUCUUUGAAGAAAACAGAUAACUCAAAACUCAAGUCUCACGGCAAACAGACGAGUAGCCCGUCAAUGGCCCCAAGGAGUGUCUUCAAUAAGGACACCACGAUAUCCUCUCUGUCAGAUGUCCAUCGAGGGGGUUCGUCAACAUCGUACGUUAACCGAGAGAACAGGCUGAUUCAACUGAAGAGACUCAUGAAGCAGAAGGAGCAGGAUAUCGAAGACAUGAAGAAGCUACGACAACUUGAAGUAAGGCAAAAACUUUCCGACCCUGACCUUUGUGAUCUUUAAGGUAAAAACACACAUACAUUCUGCAACUAUCAAAUGCAUGACAUAUCAGAGUAUUUUAAACAAGCAAAUCAUUUCCCAAAAAGACAAAAACAUGCAUUAAUGUGAUUCUCCAGCUUUCCAGAAGAAGACCAAAUGAGAGCUUGUGCUAUGUCAGGGAUUUAGUGAUCUUCAUUACUUGUUGAUUUUUAAUUUGAACAUUAGGAAAAAGAUAAGUGUGGCUAUUUUUCUCCCUGGCAUGUCAGUUUUGGGACAGAAACUUUUUUGAGGGUAAAUUAAAGGAGACUUUCAAUGUGGUAUCUUAGCGAGACAACUCAAUUCUGCACUGGUUAAAAAAAAGUAGGUUAAAAAAAAAAAAAAAGCAAAUCAAGUGUUCACAGGUUGUGUAUGGUUCUUUUUAUGAAAAGUAUGUAGAUUUUUAAGGGAAUCAGCUGUAAAAACUUCAAAUCUCAUUAUGCAUUCAAUUAUUUUGGGGACUGAUUUGCUUCAACAGUGUGAAGGUAACGAAAUUGUGAACUUUGACAGGUCCAAGUGGUCAAAUAUGCGCUUGCCUUUGGCGCAAUAUUACAAGAGCAGACUUUGAUAGCGUAAAGCCCAGUUCUUACUUUAUGCUACUGCAAAUGCGAAUGGACGUCACAAAUAAAUUUGAUUAGACAAUGAAAUAGUGAAACCUGGUUCCCCUCGCUGUAAUAUUUCAGUAUUAUUUUAUUCCCUCAAAUUAAUAUUUUUAGGGAAAUAAAAUUACAUUUCAUGUGAUCUACAUGGUAUUUCGAGGCAAUGAAAUAAUAAGCUUUUUAGGGGUUUCUUAUGACCACAACUUUCACUCUUAAAGAGUAAUAAUUUAGUGCACCACAAAGCUGAGUUUGACCUUUGAGACCCUUUUUAACCUCAAAAUGUAAUUGACACCUUUAAAAGCUAAGCCUGAGUGACUGAACCAAAUGUUCACACGAGAUAUUUACGUUACUUUAAUUCAAAUCAACUAUGGGCUCAGUUAUGGCACAAAUCACUUUGAGCUUUUCAACUUAUAGAUCCCUGAAAUUUGACUCUGUUUUUAUACAAGAUACCUUAUUGUGUUAAUAUGUUUUAUUAUUCAGAUUGUGUAUAUUUAUAUACAUGCAGUCCUAAUGUUAUCGGUUACUUAUUAUCUCUUAUUAUAUCUCAACUUUAACACCUCAAUACCUUCGGUUUUUUUUGCUGUGAUAGAUUCGUGACUGAACAAUUUCAUUUCCUUGCAAUCUCAAAAUGAUAUUGUAUUAUAUAUACACACCGGCCUUUACAACCUGCCAGAUGAACUUUGACCUUGCAUACCACAUUACAUUAGUGUGUCUGUUGUACAUGUAUCACUGUGGUAAUGGGUCAAUAGUCAAUAAUCUAGCCAAUGAAACUAGUGGGUGUGUCAGCCCAGUGCCUGUCAUUAUCCUUGAGGCAGGGGACCAGUCUAACUGCAUUGUCUCACACUGGUUGACUUCAGGACAUCAUUGAGUGGCAGUGGACAUUCCAGGUCAAUGUAAAUUUUCAAUGUUUAAAUGCUUUUAAUUUCCGUGAUUAACGGAUUCACCAAAGACUUUCACUAUCUAGUGUUUCCUUAAUUCCAAACGGUCUCCCCACAAAUGAAUCGAAAUUGAAACAAAGCUGCACAAAAUUAAUGCAUUUCCAACAUUAUUGUACAGCGCGGACACAUUGUUGAUUAAAGCAAAUAUUUAAAAGGAAUGUAAAUUUGUUCCUCUGUACAUAAGUUAAGUUUUCUGUAAUUUUAAACAUUCAAGUUUUUAAAGACGAUAAUGUAUUCAUGCUUAUACAUUUAAAUCUCAAUAGCUGAAGGUCAGUUUUCGGCGUUUUUUUUAAAGAUACUUCAUGUGUACAAUUAAAUAUUCUUAUUGUAUGGCAACACUUUUUUCCAUCUAUUGUAUUUUACAAAUAUUUUAAUAUUUUAUUAUGUGCAUUCUAGGUGAAGCUUUAUAUAAAUGUAGUUCCUAAGUUAUAGUUGGUUUACAUUUUUACAUGGUUAUUUCAUUCUAAUGUGCUGGGGUUCAUAAUAAAUCUAUUUCGAGAACAUGGACUUUCUUUUUACUUUUGCACUUUUUCGUAUUCUCUAACAAUUAUAGAUUAUGGUGAAUAGAAAAAAAACUCAUUUUGAUUUAGAUCAAGGUAAUAAAACUCAUAGAUUUCACGACAGCUCUACCUCUGAUUGGUUUCAAUGGAAUUGUAAUCAAAAAUUCAAAAUGACAAAUGAACAAUGUACCCCAUAUGGGUUUUUUUUGUUUAACCUGAAGCUCACAAGGGAACAUUGUAGAAAAUGGAAUUAAACAAGAACUAUGGCAUGACCGCUGCCCUGAUAAAUGCAUUGUGUUUUGUUUUCGAAACAAUUUCAAACUAGAUUCACGAACAUGAGGCAAAAUGAGCUUUUGAGAUGUUAUGUUUUUUUAUUUGACAUUAUUUUCAAUUAACCUCUGGCAGCAGAGUAUACUUUUACGUUUUUGGUGCCUUUUUCAGAAAUUGGCAGUACUGAGUUUUAAUAAGUCUGUAUUUCGUCUUUUGAAACGGUGUGUCUCAACUUUUCAGGUUCAAUAAACUCGAUUGUCUUUUAUUUAGAAGGUACUUUAUGUCAACGUUGCUUUAUGUGAUCAGAAAUUUAAUAAACUAAAACGUUAGUUUUUCACCUAGAUCAAA